AUGGCCGGUUACUUGCCGCCAGGCUUCCCUUACUUUACUCCGCCCCCGUCGCGCUGGGCGCGGCCGCCACCGCCACCGCCACCGCGACCGCGUCAGGUGACGCCGCCGAGGUCGUCAAGCGAUAACAGCCCGGCGUCCCCAGGCGGGGUCAUCGCGGGCGUCGCCAUCUCUGCCGGAGCCUUCCUGCUUGUGCUCACCUUCUUGUGCAGCCUCUGCCGAGGGUACCGCAACAGCCGCGCCGAUGCCGCGGCCGACGCCGCGGCGGCGAAUGCAGCCCUCGCCCUGCGGCCGCGGGUGCCAGCGCCACCUGUACUGCCGGCGGCCGCAUGGGACGACUGGAACGAGGAGCAGCACCAUCUGCGCGGGCGAGACCGCAGCAGCGACCGCCCGCGGCGAGCCAGCCCGACGGCGGGCCUCCCGUCGUUCACGUACAACCGGUCGGUGCGGCACAACGUGACGGGCACCGGCGGCGAGGAGGCGGCGACGUGCUCGGUGUGCCUGGGCGCGUUCCUGGUCGGGGAGACGGUGCGGCUGCUGCCGGUGUGCCUGCACCUGUACCACGUCGAGUGCAUCGACCCGUGGCUGGACGCGCACUCGACGUGCCCGAUCUGCAGGUCGGGCACCGACCUGAACACGGAAGGCAGCCUGCUUCCUCCGGUCUAG